UUGAUGUGCCUAUUCAGAUGACAGAUCGCUGUAAGCAACUAUCCGUUUUAAAUAAUACGAGGCUUCCAAACAAUAGGAAUAAUAAAUGAUGAACGUUCAAAUAAGGCACCCUUACGAGGGUUUAUUACAUAAGUAUACUAAUGCUAUGAAAGGGUGGCAAUAUCGUUGGUUUAUACUUAGACCAGAGACUGGUGAAUUACAUUAUUUUCUUAGUGAAUCCGAAAAAAAUCAACGACCACGAUGCUCGAUAUAUUUAGCCGGUGCAGUGAUUGCUCCAAGUGAUGAAGAUUCUAAUACUUUUACUGUCAAUUCUGCUACAGGUGAUAUGAUAAAGUUAAGAGCCACGGAUGCCCGAGCUCGACAAGAAUGGGUUGACAAACUGCGUGCUGUGACAGAAAUGUAUACUAGAGCAAUAGCUAGUAGUCAUCCUCCUUUACCGCCAAGAGAACAUUCUGCCAAUUCUAAUAGAAAUCCAGUUGCCAAGCUGGAAGUUUUAGACGCAUUUGCUAAUUGUCAAGAGCAAUUAAGCAAAGUAGAAAAGCACAAUCUUGCAUUAGCACAAACUAUUGAGAACUCAGAUUUAAACUUAGAUCGUGAUUUGUUAUUACUUAAAGCAACAGCACAUACUACUUUACACACAUUGAAUCAAUGUCUUAAUAUAUUAUAUCAGUAAUUUAUUAGGAACUUUAUUAUCAUUGA